CUGUUUCCAUUCUACAAAAAUAUCACAAACCAAAUACACUACUCUCAAAUCUCUCAAAACUAAAGAAAGAUAAGAAAAAUGGCAGAAGCUAAUCGUUGUCACAUCGCUUUUGAGAUCCUUUUGGCAAUCCUCUUGCCUCCUCUCGGUGUUUGCCUUAGAACUGGCUGUUGCACUUGCGAGUUCUUGAUAUGUGUGGUGUUGACACUGUUGGGAUACAUUCCUGGAAUCAUCUACGCCAUCUAUGUGAUCGCCUUCAGGAGCUCGCCGUCGGUUGGGGCUGAGGAUCACUACCGUGCACUUCCGCAGUAGACGAUCGAAAACCCGGUUACCCGAAUUGUUGAAGAUAUUGUUCAUCUUUUGCAUCCUAUCUUUCGUUUUUUCUUCAUAAGUUGUAUUAAACAUUUGCAUCUCAGUUUCUUAGAUGCUGGGACUUGGGAGGGUGUUGUUGUAAGUUGUUAUCGGGAAAACUGAUUUUGGCGCACUUUUAUGAGAGUAGAGCACAAUCCUGGUCAGGGUAAGCCAAAUCAUUUUUUGGUGUGUCAAAAUCAGACUUCCCUUUUUGUUAUUGUGGACCUGUGGUUGUUGUCUCGUUUUAACUUUCGAGUUGAAUGGUGUUUAAAUGAAAACGAUCCUUGUUGGCAA